ACUGACACAAGAAGGUUCCAAUAAGUCCAGAAGUGCAAAUUAAAGUCCAGAUAGAACAUGGCAAGAGAGAGUUUAGCUAUGGCAAAGUCAUAUUUGGCUGUCAUCUUCUUGCAGUUUGGAUAUGCAGGCUUGGCUAUCAUCGCCAAAUCUGCUCUCAAUAAAGGCAUGAGCCACUACACUUUCGCUGUCUAUCGCAACCUCACCGCUGCUCUCGUCAUUGCUCCUUUCGUCAUUUUCUUCGAAAGGAAAGUUAGGCCUAAGAUGACAUUUUCCAUUUUCUGGAAGAUAAUGGUUCUUGGUUUGUUAGAGCCUGUUAUCGACCAGAACUUGUAUUACGCAGGGAUGAAUUACACAACGGCAACUUUUACCACAGCCUUGUGCAAUGUUAUUCCAGGCAUUGCUUUUGUUUUGGCUUGGAUCCUUAGGCUUGAGAAAGUGGAGGUGAGGAAAUUGCAUAGCCAGGCAAAAAUUUUGGGAACAGCAGUGACUCUUGGGGGUGCCAUGAUUAUGACUCUUGUUAGAGGACCAAACAUUGGAUUACCUUGGACCAAACACACACAACAUGUCGAAACUGCAACUGCUACUUUACAUUCCCAACAAGAUCUUGUCAAAGGUGCUGUCAUGAUCAUAGCUGGUUGCAUCUGCUUUGCCAGCUUCUACAUUCUUCAGGCAAUUACAUUGAAAUCAUACCCUGCUGGACUAUCUCUUACUACUUUGAUAUGCACUGCGGGAUCAUUGCAGGCCUCUGUGGUAGCCUUAGUGGUUGAGAGAAAAAAUCCUGUGGCCUGGGCAUUACACUGGGAUACUAAACUCUUAGCUUACAUUUAUGGUGGGGUAAUUUGUUCAGGAAUCGCUUAUUACUUGUCGGGUGUAAUCAUGGAGGAAAAGGGACCAGUUUUUGUCACUUCCUUUAAUCCAUUAAGCAUGAUUAUCGUCGCAAUUAUGGGAUCAUUUAUGUUGGGUGAACAGUUGGACUUGGGAAAGGUUUUGGGAGCGGGCGUGAUUGUUGUUGGACUAUACAUGGUAAUAUGGGGCAAGAAACAAGAUGAAGUUCCCCAGGAAUCAACCGGCGAUCAGAUAGCUUUGCCGUCGGCGACAUUAGUCAAACCCUCAGAUACUUUUAGAGGAGUGGCCGGAGAUGGAGCAGUUUAGUUUAUGAAAUGCCAAGAAAAUUGAAGCAUAAAUUAUUAAAUAAAUAGGUUGUCUGGGAGAUUGGAUUUCCAUGCAAGAAAUCUCUGCUUCUAUGUCUCUUAGCUUUAGGUUUAAUCUUCAAGAAAGGGUAGGGAAACAAUGGUUUCUUAGCGAUGGCGAUAGUGAUGGUCUCUCCUCUAAUCUUCCGAUGU